AAAGCAGUAAGCACAUCGCAAGGAGCUCAUAGAAUUAAAAAACUAUUGCGUCUUUAUAAAUUUGAUAAAUCAUUUUAAUAUUUCUAUUAAAAUAACGAAAUCAUGUGCAUGAACUCUUGAAAGUACUAAUAAAUACAACAAUAUCGGAACAAGAUGGUGUCAACUAGGCAGAUGAGUAGUGUCGGGGGCGGCGGUGGAAGUAGCGAUGGUGCUGGGCCCUCACACGCAGAACCCGUGACAGUGGCGCGCGUGACUCGCCACUCGAGCGCUUUGCUCCCGGGGGGCUCAUCGCCUCACGCCAGCACCUCCAAAACUAUUGUUCUCCCGGCACCCAAGAUAUACUCUACUAAUUUGCUGGAUUUACCAAUUGAAGUUUUAGAAAAGAUAUUUCGCUAUGUGGGUUUCAAAAGUGUCUCCCACCUAAGAUUGGUAAACCGGCAUUUUAAUACAGUUUGUAGUAGUAUUUUGAAUUCUACCUUUCAAAGACUACAAAAUCAAAUGCUACAUCGUUUCCAAGCCAUUAAGGCAAAGAUGCCUCGCAGAGAGUCUGCGCGCAGGAGUCAUCCUCUUGCCUGUGAAUCUGAUAUAAUUGAGACAUUGCAUAUGCGAUUAAGUUUACUACAAAUGACUUUUGGUAAACAUAUAGAAAGGAAACAUUGUUGUUUUUUUCCUGGAGAGAUCCUUGAUGAGGUGUAUUGUAUUUUGUCAUAUUUAAAAACAACAACUAAACUGGCGAGGCCUUAUAAAGUGACAGAUGAGCUAUUUGAUUUGACUACAAUGGCCAUGGAAUACUUCAAGGAGCACAUUGAACCUUUUUUACCAGAGAUUACAUAUUUUGGUACAGACUUCUUUGAUAUCACCACCGCUUUCUCACCCGGCGAGAGCAGCAAGUCGUACAUGUGCCUGGACUCGCCGCCGCCCAGUGGCUUCGAGGCGUCGCCGGCGGCCGCGGGUAGUGCGACCGAGUCGGGGCGGCGCGCGUCCGUCACGCUGUAUCUUGAGGAGAGCCUGCCACCGUCGCCGCCGCCGCCGCAGUCCAACAUGGUGCUGCGCAAGCGGAUACAUCGCAUCAAGCAGGGCAUGAAGAAGUAUAAUGACCAAUUAUCGGCACUACGAAGUGACCUUAGGAGCUGUAAGCGUAAGACGGCUCUGCAGCAGAAGCAAAUAGCGGAACAGCAGAAACAGAUAGCGGAGCAGCAGAAACAAACGCUUGAAUAUGCCAAUAGGUUAGAUGACUACGAUAAGAAAAAUGAGGAAACUAGUAGAAAAUUUCAGACAUUAUUGCAGGAGUUGAACAAGUGUAAGACGGAGCUGCAGUACUGGCGCUCGCGGUCGCCCGCCGUGCCGCCGCUAUGCGCCGAGUGCGGCGCUUCGCUGCGCCUCUCGCCCGCUCUCGCGCAGUGGGCGGCCGGUUCGAUGGCAGAAGCGAGCGAGGAGACCGCGAGUGGCAGCAAAGACACUGUGGCGGUGGACACGCCGACCGAGGCAGCUAAGCCCGAGACCAAGGAGAGCGAAGAGGCCGCGAGCACGCCUCCCGCUCGCCGGCGCGCCUCCGCCGACGCGGCGGGCGUGUCCCACACGCCGGACCGCAAGAAGCGUCGGCUCACCCGGCCCCGGAAGCUAUGAAAACAACACUGCACGUGAAUGCCGUAAAGCAUGUAGACGGCGAGCCAGGUACUGGCAUUCUGUGGCGAUACACAUGCCCGAAGCUCGCAUGCCAGUUGAGCACUAACUUUCCCGUAUCCCCGCGUUGAAUACAAAUCCAAACGGGUUUCAAACUUGCAUGCGAGUUGCCAGCAGCCCCUUGAUACACAUGCUAGAAGGUCAAACUCGGGUAUCUCAUCGACUGUAUCUGGCAUUUGUGCUUAAGAAAGAGCUACUAGCAUUUGUAUCUCGUACUUACGACGACAAUAGCCUGCUUUCAUGUCGUCCAUGGUGCGAUCAGAUAGCGAAGUGCAUGCUGCACCCUACAUCGUCUUAUUGCCUUCUUAGUGAUUUAUACGAAACCCAGCAAUGUUCUUGUAGAGCAGACACUCUGACCUGAUCCGAUCAAACUGAGGCAAAUCCUACGCUGCACACGGCACGCGAUUUAGAGAAAUUCGCUAGCGCCAGUUUGGAAGGCUAAGCUACAGUCCCAAUCGGACGCAAUUUGCCCCGUGAUUUUCAUGGUUUAUCAAUGUUAAAAUAUGUCUCUUAAUUUUGAAGGCGAGGUUUUACUUUUGUUAGCAGUAGCAAAAGAAUAUCGCAAGAUGUACGUUAUUUAAGUUAGGUUUUCAUUCGUUUUUAAAGGUUAGUAGUGACCGCGAUGUCAGCGUGAAAUCCACGCGGCGUCCCUAUUUUGUUUCGCGUCCACCAAGGAACUGAAUUCGCAUUUUUGUCCUGCGUUCCGCUUGGUAUUCGCCUCAGUUUGAACAGCUUUAGUGUGCGUUGCCAGCUGACGAACCGACGUACAGGAAUAUACUAAACCAAUUACAACGGUAUUCGUCUAUUACUUCACAUCUCAGCUUAAGUGGAGUACGUUAAGGCGGAAACCUCAAGUUAUCUCGCUGAGGUGAAUCAAUCUACUGAUUGAUAUUCCUCAGUUUUGCCUUGUGCUGGACCAGCAUAAUACAUUAUUGACUUAAUUUCACUGUCUAAAUUUGUGUAAAUGACACAGUCGUUUGAUUUGAGAAGUCUUGGGAUGUGUUUUGUGUCUGUAUGUGUCAUACGUCCAGAAAAAUUUAAAUUUAACAUGCAGGAGUACACCAUCCUCAUUACAAAAAAAAAUGCUUUUUGUAUUGUUACCGUUUUAUUUACCAUUCAAUAAAAUACUCCGGUCGCCGAUUAUGAAUGUAAUUAUUUAUGUUUGGAGUUUUUACUAAUAUCGCAAAAUUUGUCGUCCUUCAAAAGUUUUACAUGAGUUAUUGUUGCCGUACAUCAGUUAUCUGCGGUGGUUCAUGUCGAUUUGAUAACAUCUUUACUUUGUUUGAUCGUUUGUUUGUAAACUUUACUUACACACAUUUAAUAAUACGUACAUUCUUAUAAUGUAUACUUUUUCUGGUUCUUGCAAUCAAAGUUAAA